AUGGCACUCAAGGUGGAGGGACAUCAAAAGGAAAACAAAUCAAGAGUGCAAUCUUCUUCUUCUUCAUGGGCAAAAAAUAAAGAAGUUUGGAAAUCAUCUCCUACUUGGGACAACUCCAAAGGUGCAAAGCAAGACUUCAAGUCCAAUUUUGACAAAGCCAAACCAAAGAUGGACUACAAGGAUUUAGGUAACAAAUCUAAACUUGAAACUCCAUCUAAAAUACAGUAUUUUAAAUGUCAAGGAUAUGGACAUAAAGCAAAUGAAUGCCCUAAUAGAAGAACUAUCAUUGCAUUGAAUGAUGGUGGUUAUCAAACGAGAGAUGAAUCUAAGGAUGACCAUAGAGAGGAUGAUAGUGGCGAUGAAUUUAUAGGAGAAGGAGAUGGAGAAGAAAUUAAUGAUGAUGGAAAACUUGUUCUUGUUGUAAGGAGAAGUAUGAGUGCUCUAGUGAGGGAAGAUCUUGAUCAAAGGGAAAAUUUGUUUCAUAAUUGGUGUAGGGUUCAAGAGCAACUAUGUUUCUUUAUCAUUGAUAGUGGAAGUUGUGCAAAUGUUGCUAGUGUAUCUAUGGUGGAACAAUUGAAACUUCCAACAAGAAGGCAUCCAAAACCUUAUAGGUUGCAAUGGCUCAAUGAAUGUGGUGAACUCAAGGUGACCAAGAAAGUGUUGAUAAAGUUCAAGAUUGGAAGCUAUCAUGAUGAAGUGCUUUGUGAUGUUGUACCUAUGCAAGCUUGUCAUUUGUUGUUGGGAAGGCCAUGGGAAUAUGACGUAGGGGUAAAACAUGAUGGAAGGUCCAAUAAAUAUGCAUUUGUUAAGGAUGAUCUAUUUCCGGAAGAAAUGCCUAGUGAAAUGCCUCCUUUGAGGGGAAUAGAACAUCAAAUUGACUUUGUACCGAGUUCUCAACUACCCAACAAAGCCACUUAUAGGAGCAACCCUCAAGACACUAAAGAAUUGCAAAGACAAGUUGAGGAACUUUUGGAAAAAGGAUUGAUAAGAGAAAGUUUAAGUCCAUGUGCGGUGCCCGUGAUUCUAGUGCCCAAGAAGGAUGGUUCAUGGAGGAUCUCAAGUGGAGUUGAGGUGGAUGAUGAGAAGGUAGAGGCUAUUAGGAGUUGGCCAACACCUAAGUCCAUUAGUGAUGUUAGAAGCUUUCAUGGGUUGACAAGUUUUUAUAGGAGGUUUGUGAGAAAUUUUAGUUCUCUAGUCGUUCCUCUAACUGAGGUCAUCAAAAAGAAAAAGCCUUUCAUUUGGGGUAUAAAACAAGAAGAAGCCUUUAAAAUCUUAAAGGAGAAACUUAGUUCCACUCCUUUACUUCAACUUCCCAAUUUUGAGAAGAUGUUUGAAAUUGAGUGUGAUGCUAGUGGAGUAGGCAUUGGUGCGGUCUUGAUGCAAAAAGGAAAACCCAUAGCUUACUUUAGUGAGAAGUUAAGAGGAGCUCCAUUGCAAUAUUCUGCCUAUGAUAAGGAACUCUAUGCCCUUGUGAGAGCCUUAGCGAAUUGGCAACAUUAUUUGUGGCAUAAGGAGUUUGUGAUUAGAACCGAUCAUGAGGCUUUGAAGCAUAUUAGGGUUCAAAAUAAGCUUAAUAGAAGGCAUGCCAAAUGGAUAGAAUUUAUUGAGUCUUUUCCUUAUGUGAUUAAUUAUAAGCAAGACAAAGAGAAUAUUGUGGCGGAUUCUUUAUCUAGAAGAUAUGCUUUGAUGAAUACCUUGACUUCUAGAUUGAUGGGUUUUGAGAGUUUGAAGGAGUUAUAUUCUAAUGAUGAUGAUGAUUUUGAAAAAGUCUUUGGGGAGUGUCAAGUGAGCUUGAAUAGGUGUGUACAAGUUGUUAAGAAAGGUAAUGAAGCUAGAACUCCUAGGUUUGAGUUGAAGGAGGGCAAUUUGUUUAGGAAUGGAAAGCUUUGUGUACCUAUUAUCCUUAUGGAAAGAGUUGUUAGUGAAAAAGGCACACAAUUGAGGUUUGAUGGGUCAUUUUGGAGAGUCAAAAAACCUUAG